ACUGAGGAGCUGCAACAUUCACUGGAACCACGUUGAGACAUCGCCCACCUUCGGCCAUUUCCAAGAAAGAGAAGGGGUUUGACAUAUGUCUGGUAAUACAACAGUCUCAUUCUAGAGCCGCCACAAAAGAUUACAACUUCUCAACCUGUUCUUCAAAGCUACUCGAAUUGCCCAGAGUACCCCGCCAGCACAACCCGCCCCACGAAUUUGAAAGUUUGCUCUGCUAAAGUUUUGUCCUGUCGAUUGCCCGUUCCAUUCCCGACCCUCUGGACUUCCCGACCCACCAUCUUGGGGUUUCCUUCGAGCUUUAUUCGAGUAAGACCUAGUCUUAAGAAUAACAUUAGACACCUCAAACCGACACUUGAACCAGAUUGCCUUCCAAAGUCGCUUCACAACCCACUAUGGCAUCCAACAGACUUCGAAGAGUGGCCAAGGAGUUGGCAGACAUCCAGAAUGAUACCCAAUCCAAGAUAUUCUGCGAGGCUGCAGACGGAGAUCUUUCACAUCUACACGCGUCCUUCCCAGGCCCUCCAGAUACUCCAUAUGAAGGUGGGACUUACGUCGUGGACAUUACAAUCCCCAAUGAAUACCCAUUCAGGCCUCCAGUCAUGAAGUUCCAAACGAAGCUGUGGCACCCCAAUGUUAGCAGUCAGACAGGCGCCAUCUGUCUCGACACUUUGGGAACAGCUUGGUCACCAGUCCUCACAAUCAAAUCCGCCCUUCUUUCCCUCCAAUCUCUCCUCAGCACACCCGAGCCCAAGGACCCACAAGAUGCAGAAGUAGCGAGCAUGCUCAUGAAGAACCCAGAACAAUUCCAGAAGGUUGCAAGAGAGUGGGCAAUCAAGCAUGCUUCAGCACCGAAGACUACACAAUGGGAGGUUACAGCAGCUUCGCAGCCUGCUUCAUCCAAGCCAAAAACACAAAAGGUUCUGUCUCGGGAGGAGGAGGAGAGGAUCCUUAUUGCCCGAUAUCAAGGAUACAACCGAGAUCUGAUCGACAGAUUUGUAGCCAUGGGGUUCGAAUUAGACCGUGUCGUUGACGCAUUCAAUUUCGUCAGCAUUGACCGGAAUAACGGCGAGGACUACGAGCUUGAGGAAGCAUACAUGGGAGACAUCACAGCCAGACUCUUGGGCGAACCAUGAUUUGUUAUGAAAGGAACCUUGACUUGUGUGGCACGAAUGACCGUAAUGAAAUCACUGGCAGGUAUGCAUGCAUCGGCUCUGGAGUCUGGAGAUUGUUGCUACUGGAAAGCAGCAUGUGGAAUUGGCAAAGGCGUACGGUAUGGACGACGAAGGUCUGAAUUAGGCGUAAUUCCAACUCGUCGAAUUCGUUGUGUUUAGAUGCAUGUCUUCAUUAUUAGCACACCUCGAUUUCUUGCAAAUCUUACAACCGUCAGCUGACAAGUGCUUCACCCUUGCGGAACGUUCAAGUCCAAAGACAACCAAAAAUAUUCAUAUACCAUACCAUCUACGCAGCUAAGGGU